AUGCCUUAUAAUAUAGCUAUGUGUACGGAUUUUUUUUAUCCACAACCAGGAGGUGUUGAAUUUCAUGUAUAUCACCUAUCUCAAAAACUAAUAGAAUUAGGCCAUUCAGUAAUUAUAAUAACUCAUGAUUAUAACAACAGAAACGGAAUACGUUACCUAACAAACGGCCUUAAAGUAUAUUAUGUCCCAUUUUGGCAAAUUUAUAGAUCAUCUGGCUUUCCUACCGUAUUCUCAUUAUUUCCUAUUUUGAGAAACAUUUUCAUUCGUGAGACAAUUGAAAUUAUACAUGGUCAUGGAUCAAUGAGUACAUUUGCACACGAAGCUAUUUUCCAUGGGAGGACAAUGGGUAUGAAGACUGUAUUUACUGAUCAUUCAUUAUUUGGAUUCAAUAAUUUAGGAGAUAUAUUAGGAAACAAGGUUUUAAAAUUUACAAUGAGUGAUAUCGGACAUGUAAUUUGUGUAUCUCAUACAUGUAAAGAGAAUACUGUUUUACGAGGCAGUUUGAAUCCUAGUAAAUGUUCCGUCAUUCCUAAUGCUGUGAUAAGUAAAGAUUUCCAACCUGCUACUGAGUCAGAAUUGGAGAGUAAGAAUAAAGAUGAGAUUGUUAUUGUUGUAAUAUCAAGAUUGUUUCCUAAUAAAGGUGCUGAUUUAUUAACUGCUAUUAUUCCAAAGAUUUGCGAGGUUAAUGAUAAGGUCAAGUUUUUAAUUGCUGGAGAUGGUCCUAAAUUUCUUGACCUUGAACAAAUGAGAGAGAAAUAUUUCUUACAAGAAAGAGUCAAAUUGAUGGGGACAGUAAGACACGAAGAUGUAAGAAAUGUAAUGAUCCAGGGGGAUAUUUAUCUCCAUCCAAGUUUGACUGAAGCUUUUGGCACAGUUAUUGUAGAAGCUGCAAGUUGUGGAUUGUACGUUGUUACUACUAAAGUUGGUGCAAUACCUGAAGUAUUACCAUCUGAUAUGUUUAAUUUUGCAGAACCUGAAGAAAUUAGUUUGAUUAGUGCAAUUAAAUUGGCAAUUGAAAAAAUUGAAAAUCAGGAGGUGAAUACUUAUCAGUUUCAUAAACGAAUAAAUAAUAUGUAUUCUUGGAUGAAUAUUGCAAAACGCACUGAAAAUGUUUAUAAUUCAUUGAAUUUAGAUAAAUUGAAUCAACCACUAAUAAAGAGAUUGUCUAAAUAUUAUUGUUGUGGGAUUAUUGCUGGUAAAUUAUAUGUUCUUUGCGUUAUUGUUGAUAUUUUCAUUUAUACUAUAUUGGAAUGGUUAUAUCCUAAGAAAAUUAUAGAUUUGGUGACAAAAUGGCCCACUAAGGUUGAAAUUGAUGAUGAUGCAAUUGAUGAGUUUUGA